UCAAAUCAAUACAACGAUAUUUUAGGAGUUUUGAGUCUUUGAGACAUUUUAAAUUUAAACAACCAAAAGCCAUUUGUUCAGAGAGAUAAAUCUUUUUCCUCCUUUUCUCAAUGGCGGCUGGGCUUACAUCAGUUCAUUUUCUGAUAACUCUCUACUUCAUCCUUAAGGUUCCAUUGAUGUUUGCUCAAGAUGACCAGUUCAUCUACAAUGGCUUCCAUCAAGCAAAUCUGCAUCUAGAUGGAACCGCUCGAAUCAACCCCAAUGGUCUAUUGCAACUCACCAACAAUUCACAACAAGAAGUUGGUCGUGCUUUCUACCGACUUCCUCUAAAAUUCAACACUUCUUCUUCGGGUUUAACUCAGGCUCUUUCAUUUUCCACAAACUUUGUAUUUGCAAUAGUUCCUGAAAUACCAUCCAAAGGUGGCCAUGGAAUUGCCUUCACCAUCAGGCCCUCGUGGAAAUUCACCAAUGUCGUAGCCAGCAAUUAUCUAGGACUCUUGAAUCCCUCAAAUAACGGCCUUUCAACAAACCACCUAUUAGCCAUUGAGCUUGAUACUGUAGAGGGUCUGGAUCUUCAAGAUAAAGACAACAACCAUGUGGGAAUCGAUGUGAACAGCCUGAAAUCAAACGAAUCGGCUACUGCAACCUACUUUUCUGAUCAAGAAGGGAAGAAUAUAAGCGUGGAGCUAGUAAGUGGCAACCCAAUGCAUCUUUGGAUAGACUACAAUGAAACAGAAAAGUUACUAAAUGUAACACUAGCCCCAGCCGGCAUCACAAAACCAAACCGGCCUCUCUUGUCAACACGCAUAGAUCUGUCCCAAUAUCUUUUGGAAUCUAUGUAUGUUGGUUUCUCUGCAGCCACUGGUGCAGUUGCAAGUGACCACUAUAUUCUUGGAUGGAGCUUUAAUAAAAGUGGACAAGCACAAAGCCUUGACGUUACGAAGCUUCCUCAACCUCCCCGACAAAGGAAAAGUAAAGAUAGGCAAGGACAGAUUAUCAUGAUUUUGAUCAUAGUAGUAGUGGUCAUGCUGAUAUUGGUCACUGGAACUGCUUACAAUUCAAGGAGGAAGAAAUUUGAAGAACUACGUGAAGACUGGGAAAAGGAGUACGGUCCUCAGAGGUUCACCUAUAAGAAUCUCUACAAGGCAACCAAAGGUUUCUCAAACAAAGAGCUUCUUGGAGCAGGAGGUUUUGGAAAGGUUUAUAGAGGAACACUGCCUUCUUCCAAUACACAAAUUGCAGUCAAGAAAGUCUCCCAUGAUUCCAAACAAGGGAUGAAAGAAUUUGUGGCUGAGAUUAUUAGCAUGGGAAGGCUGAGGCACAGAAACUUGGUCCAGCUCCUGGGAUAUUGCCGGCGAAGAGGAGAACUCCUCUUGGUUUAUGAUUAUAUGCCCAAUGGAAGCCUUGACAAGUUCUUAUAUGGCAAUGAAAAGCCAAACCUUAACUGGAUUCAACGGUUUCGAAUCCUGAAGGGAGUAGCUUCUAGCCUUCUCUACCUCCAUGAAGAGUGGGAACAGGUUGUUCUACACAGAGACGUAAAAGCAAGUAAUGUUCUAUUAGAUGCUGAAUUAAAUGGAAGGCUAGGAGAUUUUGGCCUUGCCAGAUUAUACGACCACGGUACCAAUCCUCAAACCACUCAUGUGGUUGGGACAGUGGGUUAUUUGGCUCCAGAGCUUACUAGAACAGGAAGGGCAACCACUUGCACUGAUGUGUUUUCUUUUGGGGCUUUCAUGCUUGAGAUGGCUUGUGGAAGGAGGCCUAUAGAGCUACAAGGACUGCCUGAAGAGGUUGUUUUGGUUGAUUACGUCUUUCUGUGCUGGGGAAAAGGAGCCAUCCUUGAUGCUAGUGAUCCUAGAUUGGAAGGUAAUUAUGUGGUGGAGGAAAUGGAAUUGGUUUUGAAACUAGGCCUGUUUUGCUCACACGUAGUGCCAGAAGCGAGGCCUAGCAUGAGGCAAGUGGUGCAGUUUUUGGAUGGCAAUGCUAAGCUGCCAGAACUACCAAAUGACAAUGCUUGUUUUGGUACAUCUACAAGUAAUGAAGUGUCUGAUUUCUUCUUGUCAUUUCCCCCAUCUUUUAGCAUAGCUUCUGCUCCUUCCUGUUCUAGCAUUGAUUCAAUUCUCAGAAGUGGUCGUUGAAUUAGUAGUAUAUUGUGCUAUGGGUUGAUUAGAUCAUGGAUCAAUGCUUGGGACCAAAUCAGCAAGUGGCAAAUACAAAACACCGAUUGCUUGGGUGUGGUGAGAACAGAAAAUAGAAACUUUUGAAGAAUGUGAUGUUUAUAGUUGCUUUCGCUUA